AUGGAUAUUUUUUCGGCCUUAAAGAGAAAGGCGAAUACUCUUAAUUAUUUUAUAAACAGCUUUAAUGGCAUUGAAUAUUUUGCUAAUAUUUUAUCAAAAGUACUUCCGGAUUUUCAUAAUUUGAAGGUAUUAAAAUUAAAUAUCAUUACGGAUGACCUUGAAUAUCAUUUGAAAACUUCAAGAUUUCAACAUCUUGAAAUCCUUCAAAUUGACUAUAUUAGAGUUAACGCGAUUAAUUGUAUGAUUCGAAACAGCGGAGGACGGCUCAAAAAAAUUCUAAUCGCGGAAUUUGAAAUCUAUGACUGUGACUUUUAUGAAGAAUCCCUUUUACUUAUACGAACCGUACGUGAAAAUUGUCCUCUAAUUGGAUAUCUAUCACUCGUGUUUCUAACAUCAGACGAGCAUUUUCUUGAACUUGAUAAUUUACUGAGAACUUGUCAUUAUUUGAAGGUAUUAAUAUUAGAGACGUUUGACAAUUUUGAUGAUAAGGAUGAAGGCAUUUACGAAGGAAUGAAGUUGGCGUCGGGUGAAAAAAUAUUAAACGUAUUAAUUAGAUCCGCACCAAUCAACCUAAAUGUAAUUGGAAUAUUUUAUGAUUUUAAUUUUCCAAUUAAUAUCCUAAGAGAAUUUUUAGAGAAUUGGAAAGGUCGAUCGGCUCUUUCUUUUCUUAUUUCAAACGAUGAAUACGAAAAUGAAGAAUUUAAAGCAUUAAUUGAUCAAUACAAGGAUAAUGGUGUGAUUAAAGAAUUUGGUCGUUGUUAUGCGGAAAAUAUUAUUGACAAUUUUGGAAUAUAA